ACGCGUUAUUUGAGUACGUUUCCUCGUCGACGACGACGACCAAUUUUUCCAGCGCUGUGCACGGUGCUCGGUGGCUGGCAAAACGCAGCUAAGCAAAUCAGAAAAAAAUCCAAAAAAAUCCGAAACAGCAACGGUAAAUGCUGUGCACAACCGCAGCUCGCAGAAAAUUGUACAAUUCGAAGGCAAAAGAAAUAGUUAUAUCGGAAAUUGUGCAAAAUUGCUAGGAAACUAAAACGAAAAAGCUGCAAAUCAAACGCACAAUGCAGCAAAAUGUCAAUUGAAGUGUAGUGAAAAUUGCUCUGCAAAUACAUAUGCACACACAUGCAUACACACAUAUAUAGAGUAAGGCGCAGAAUGAAAAUCUUAUAUAAAAAAAAUAAAUUCGUGUGAAAAUAUUUUCUCCGCUGCUGUGUGCGUGUCUAUGUGUGGGCUUAGCGAAAUUCGGGCACAAGCCCAGCUUUAAUGUGUAUCAAUGCGAAGAGUGUGUGAAAAUAUCAGCAAAAAAAGUGAAAAGUGAAAAUUGAAAAUGAUUUAAGUGCCCAUAACGCAAAUAACAACAAAAGCAAAGCAAGUGCAAAAAUUGUGACGCAAAAUAUUCCCCACCCAACCACAACCCCCGCCAGUAACGCUAUAAAUACACACCCGUUACCCUAAUUACUGGCAAAAUUAAAAGUGUUUUUCUCAAAAAUCAACGAAUUAAAUUGUACGCAAAAUGCGCAAAACUAAAUUAGUGGCCGAACGACAUCGUCGCAAUCUACGAAAACGAUGAAACGUGGCUAUAAGAGAAGACGAAAGGGGCUCUGGCCGCUACAAAAGCUGCGCUAAAGUCGGCGAACCCGUGAAAAACUGCUCACAAAUAUACUAUAUAUAGAACUGGCAGUGAAAAAAUUAAGAAAAAAUAGAAAAUUAAAAUCAAAGAUUACAAAAACAAAGCACACACAGUUGAAAUCAUACAAAAAAUAAAGUGCUGUCACCAGAUAUAACUGCAACGCCAAUAAAUAAAUCCAACACAUUAAGGCGUCAAUUAAAUUAGCGUUUAAAAAUACAUAAAAACAAAAAACAAAAAACAAAGCAACAGCUCAGGCGCGGCGCUACGAAGCAACCUAACCACGAAGAAUCUAGUGGGCAGCAGCGGAAACGCAGAAGGCAGCAGCAGUGAGCCGAUCUAGCGACGAAGCAUACUCGUUAAUAAGGCGAAAACCACACAAACCGAUAUUAACAACAACAAAGUAUUAAACAAACAGUUAUAAAAUAACCUAAAGGCAGCAAAAUUGAAAAAAAUAAUAAAAUAAAUAAAUUUAACAAAAAAACAAAAAAUUAAGAAAAAUGCUGGCAAGUUAAAGGAAUUUAGGCGAAAAUAAAUUCUGCGAAUUGACAGCGAGACUGAUUGACAAAAGGACAAGUAACGGUACUGCUGCUCAACUUAGCAAAGCACUAAAGCGAAAGGACACACGGGCAAGGCGAAAAGUAGAAGGCGAAAACUCGAAAAUUUCACCCAAACGCCCACGCAUUUUGCACAACAAACACACACACUGACACAUAAAUAUAAAUAUACGCAACAGCAACGACACGCAGCGAAGUGAGACAACAGCAGGCACCACAAGCACAAAGGACAGCAGCAGCGACAGAAUUGGAAGACAAAAACGAAACGCUGGAGUCCGCACAACAAAACGGUCCAGCAACAACAGCAGGCAGCUUACACGGCAUACAAUCGCACAACAACAACUACAACAAACAGGCAUAUUUAUAAAUACAAACAAAACAACACGAGCUUCACGCACACACGCAAGCAAAAACAAAAAGCAUAAAAAUCAGCGUGGAAACCUGUGAGCGAUCGGGUGCGACGGUCAACUAACACAGGAAUAAAAGUAAAAAUAUCAGCAGCAACAAAGCAGCUUGCUGCCGUUAACAACAAUUGCAGCAACAACAACAACAACACAACGUGAAAGGCUACAAAACGCAUAGGAGCGUCGAUUAUAGUGAAAAUAGCCGCCGCAAAAGCGUCGCAGGAAGGUUGAGUCGUGUGUGGUAGCAGCGCAGGCGUAGGCGCACACGCACACCAACACACCGUCACACUUCUGCCACUUAUUCGCCCGCACUCGCGCCGCACAGAGGAAAUAUCACUUGGAUCAUGUAUAAAACGCUCGUGUUGCUGCUGCAUGUGCAUUUGGCGCUAGGAGGUAAUGACGAUACGACAUCAUGGCCCAGCUUAUCGGGCGUACACAGCGAGGUCAAGCAUGGCUCGGCGCGCCAGCUGCUGGGCUCCAGUUUUGUGCGCGACAGCAUUGCGUUACAGCGUCAGCACCAGGAACAACAGCAACGCCUCUUUCGAUCGGGCGCCAGCAGUAAAGCCGUCGGUGGUGUCGGCGACGCUGUCGCACUCAAGCAAAAGCAAACGCCAAAGGAUGGACACACGCAGUAUCAUCUAGGCGAUCAUGAUGAUGAGGACUUUCAUCCAUCAGACUUCCCGCCGCAUGAACAUCCCGACGCCGAUUAUUUCGCACAAUAUGCACCUGAACUCUACACCACCGAGUCGCAGCAACAGUCGUCUCACAAAGCGAAUGCCGCUGCAGCGCAAAAUAAUGCUGGCGGCGGCGGCACUAGAUUUCGCGAUAUUGGUGCGCGCAGCGGUAUUAGUCGUACGGAUCUGUAUAGUGUGCAAGAAUCCGAUGAUCAUAUGGGCGAAAUGGCGCGAGGUCGUGAAGGUUAUAUGCGACAUCACAAGGAGACAGUCUUUCGGCCGCAUAUUAAUAGUGUGCGCGAUGAGGGUAACCUAAUGAGUCCCAAUGACGGCUAUGCGCACACCUGUCAGAAUGUGUGCGGCGACACACAAUGGCUAUGCCUCAGUACAUGUACCUGCAUUGAUCAGAGCGCGCGCUGCGAUAAGAAGAACGAUUGUGACGACGGCGCUGAUGAGUUCGAUUGUGAGGUGAUUGGCGAUAUGUUGCAUAAAUUGCAGAAGGAUUGUGAACAGACGGGCAUGCAUGUCAUGUGUCCGCGCACAUAUCGUUGCAUCAACAAGGAAUGGCUGUGCGAUGGCGAUGACGACUGCGGUGACUAUUCGGAUGAGACGCAUUGCGGUGCAAAUGUGGCGCGUAUGAAUUGCUCGGACGAUGAUCAGUUUGAAUGUCAAAAUGGUUUCUGCAUACCGAAGCAGUGGGUUUGUGAUGGCGAAAAUGAUUGCAAGGACUUCUCCGAUGAAGCGCAUUGUAAUCGCACGAGUUGCUCAGCCGAGCACUUUACCUGCAAUGACGGCUACUGCAUUUCGAUCGCCUUUCGUUGCGACGGCGAACGCGAUUGUAAUGACAAUUCCGACGAACUCAAAUGCCCCGCGGUCUUCAAUCGCUGUCCGGAAGGUGAAUUUAAGUGCCGUGGCAGUCAUGGCGGUCCGAGCGGGCAGUGCAUAUUGAACCGUUUCCAUUGUGAUGGCGAUAAUGACUGUGGCGAUUGGAGUGACGAAGAGGAUUGUCCACAAAAACCAUCCGAUUGCACGACAAGCGAAUUCAAAUGUAACGAUGGUAGUUGUAUACCGCGACGCUGGAAAUGCGAUAAGGAACAGGAUUGUGAAGGAGGUGAGGACGAACACGAUUGUGGCAAUAUGAUAGGGAGUACGCCGACCAAAUGUGGACCAGACGAAUUCACAUGUCACAACGGACGUUGCAUACUGAAUACUUGGCUUUGUGAUGGCUACCCGGAUUGUUCGUCUGCCGAGGAUGAGGUAGAAUGUCACCUGCAGUGUGAUCCCGGGCAAUUUCUUUGUCCAGCCAAGAAGAACAUCACAAAUUUAAAGAUUUGUGUGCACCAAAAGCAUGUCUGCGAUGGGCAGAAUGACUGUCCGUUAGGUGAGGAUGAAGUGAACUGUCCACACCCACAUACCUGCGGCGAGAACUCACGUUGCGAGCAAUUAUGUAUUACCACAGCGAAGGGGCGGGAAGAGUGUGCUUGUAAUCUUGGUUUUCUGAUGCACGAAAACCGUCGGAAUUGCACCGACAUCGAUGAAUGUCAAUAUGUAACGAGUCCAGUUUGCUCACAAAAGUGUGAGAAUACACACGGCUCAUUCAAAUGCUCCUGCGAAACCGGCUACGUCUUACGUCCGGAUCUACGCACUUGUAAGGCACUCGGCGGCGCGAUGACAUUGGUUGUGGCCAAUCGUUGGGACAUCAGGCGUGUACAGUUGAGCAAUAACCGAUACUCGGCUGUAGUUAAGGGUUUGCACAACGCAAUCGCGCUUGAUUUCCACUAUCGUAAAGGUUUACUCUUCUGGUCGGAUGUUUCUACGGACGUCAUUAAAAUGGUGCACAUGAAUGGUUCACGGCUGCGAGAUGUUAUCAAGUGGGGUUUGGAAUCGCCUGGUGGCUUAGCUGUCGACUGGGUGCAUGAUCUACUCUUCUGGACUGACUCGGGUACGAGACGAGUGGAGGUGUCCAAUUUUAUGGGUACUCUGCGAGCAGUUAUCGCAUCGAACGAUCUGGAUAAACCGCGCGCAAUUGUUAUACACCCUGGCGAAGCGUUAGUGUUCUGGAGCGAUUGGGGUCCUAAUCCGAAAAUUGAGCGUGCUUAUAUGGAUGGCUCUCAGCGGCAAGUGAUCAUUGCGAAUGGAGUAACAUGGCCCAACGGUCUCACUAUAGACUAUCCCAGUCGGAAGAUUUAUUGGGCCGACGCGAAACAGCACGCAAUUGAGUCCUCCAACUUUGACGGCACUGAGCGCGUGAAAAUACUCAGCACACAUCUGCCGCAUCCAUUUGCGCUAACCAUCUUCGAAGAUACCAUGUACUGGACCGAUUGGAAUACGAAAACCGUCUCGGCAGCUAAUAAGAUUACCGGAAAGGGUUUCCGUUCGGUGCAUGAGAACUUCCACUUUCCAAUGGAUAUACACGCUUAUCAUCCAGCGAGACAACCAGAAUAUCCGGAUCGUUGUCAAAAGGAUAGACGCGGUCUAAGAGGCGGCUGUUCUCAUUUGUGCUUGCCGAAUAAGCUUUCGCGGCGCUGUGGCUGUCCUAUCGGUUUAUCAUUGAAGGAAGAUGGUAAAACCUGUAAAAGCAUACCCGACAAGCUUGUGCUCGUCGCGCGCCGAAAGGACAUACGAUUGCGUCAACUGAACACAAAGUCAGCUGCGUCAAAUGAAGUGGAUAUGAUUUUGCCAUUGGAUUAUAUGAAACAUGCUGUCGCGCUAGAUUGGUGCAGUGAAACGGAUUAUAUUUAUUGGACCGAUGUGGAACGGAGCACUAUAAAUAAGGCGCAUCUCAACGGUAGCUACCAACAGCGUGUCGUGCAUUCGAAUCUCGUCUCGCCAGCUGGUUUGGCAUUAGACUGGAUUACAGAUAAACUUUACUGGACCGAUCCUGCUACUAAUCGUAUCGAAGUGGCAACGACAAAUGGCAAAAAACGGACGCUGCUUAUUUGGGAAAAGCUCGAUAAACCUCGUGAUAUUGUCGUGAAUCCGAUAGAGGGCAUUAUGUUCUGGUCGGAUUGGGGCGAACAUGCUAUGAUAGAGCGCGCUAAUAUGGAUGGCAACGAAAGAGUAAUUGUCGCUGAUACGAAUCUUAAGUGGCCGAAUGGCUUAGCCAUAGAUUACGGUCAGCAACGGUUAUAUUUUGUGGAUGGCGGUACGAAGACACUUGAAAGUAUGGACUUUAAUGGCGGCAAGCGUAAAACAAUAUUAAACAAUCUUGGUCAUCCUUUCGGUUUGGAUAUCAGCGAAAACCGCGUUUUCUGGACGGAUUGGGACAACAAGUCCGCAUUCAGCGCCGACAAGCUCACGGGUCAGAACAUCACCACAAUUAUUGCGAAUACUAGUGAUUUGAUGGAUAUACGCGUGUUCCAUCGCUCACGCAGGAGUAUACAGAAUGCUUGUGGUUCUAAUAAUGGCGGCUGUUCACAUCUCUGUCUACUGAACCCAACGAGUUUCACUUGCGCUUGUCCUGUGGGAGUACAACUGAGGAGCGAUCUGCGGACAUGUGCUGAGGGUCCCAGCCGCUUCAUCAUAUUCGCACACCGCAUCGACAUACGGCAAAUCUCAUUGGACUUUGCGCAUUUCAUCGACGUGGUGCUGCCGAUGCCACCGAUUGGAAAUGCGGUCGCUUUGGAUGUAGACUCGACAACAGGCGUGAUUUAUUGGUCCGACUCUAAGCAGCAUGUGAUUAUGAGCUCCACACCUGAUGGCUUAAAUGUGCACAAAAUUAUUGGUGAAAGCUUAGACAAUCCGGAUGGAUUGAUUGUGGACUCUAUUGGCAAAACGAUCUAUUGGGCUGAUGCUGGACGUCACACCAUCGAAGUCGCUAGCUUGGACGGCAAAAAUCGGCACUUGAUCGCCUAUAAAGAUCUGGAAUCACCACGUGGCUUGGCGCUAGAUUAUGAAGCUGGUCUUCUAUUUUGGACCGAUUGGGGUCACUAUCGCAAGAUCGAACGUUCUCACAUGGACGGCGAGAGUCGUCAACGUAUUGUCACAUCGAAUCUUGGUUGGCCGAAUGGUUUAUCUUUGGAUUUGAAGACGAAACGCAUCUAUUGGGUAGACGCGCAAUUGAAGACUAUCGAUUCAUGUGAUUAUACCGGUAAUCAGCGUAAAUUGAUAAUGUCAUCAUUGCAUCAUCCGUAUGCGUUAGCCAUGACCGAUGAGCAUAUUUACUGGACCGAUUGGAAAUCAAAAGCUCUGCACAUGACAAAUCGUAGAAAUAUCACAGCGAAAAAGGAGAUAAUGACGAAUAUUGAUGGGUUGAUGGAUAUUAAAGUGAUAACGGUUAACAAAACACAACCCGAAAAUGUCUGUGGCUCAAACAAUGGCGGCUGUUCGCAUCUUUGUCUACGCAAUCCAACCGGUUUCUCGUGCAGAUGCCCGAUUGGACUCAAAUUGAAGGAGGGUAGUACCAGUCAAUGCCAGACUUUGCCAGAUGAAUAUCUGCUCAUUGCACAACGCUCUGGCAUCGGUAUGAUCUCACUCAAUAUGCCCGAUUAUAUGGACGUCGUGCUACCCAUCAAUGCCGUGCAUGGCGCUGUAGUGCUCGACUUUCAUUAUCGCAAGAAAUGGCUUUUCUUCGCCGACGUCAACUCAGAUGUUAUACGACGUGUAGAUCUCACCAAUUUGUCCGACAGCAAGACCAUUGUGAACAAAGAACUAUUGACACCGAAUGGCAUUGCAAUCGAUUGGAUUGCGGAUAACCUGUAUUGGUCCGAUACUGAUCGAAAAAUCAUAGAAGUGGCGCGUUUGGAUGGUAGCUGCCGCAAAGAGAUCGUUUCCGACGAUUUAGGUGAUCCACGCGCGCUAAUCGUGCAUCCACGUAAAGGAUAUCUCUUCUGGUCCGAUUGGGAUGCGCCGGCACGCAUAGAACGUAGUUUACUUGAUGGCUCGAAUCGCACUAUAAUUGUGACCGAGAAUUUGGGUUUUCCUACCGGCCUAACGCUGGACUUUGACAACCGUCGUUUGUUUUGGGCUGAUGCGCUAGAAGAUAACAUUGCUUCGGUGGACUUCAAUGGCAAGCGAAAAACUAAAAUUGUUGACUAUGCGCCGCACCCCUUCGGUCUCACAAUGUUCGACAACAGCAUUUACUGGACCGAUUGGUACAACAAAUCCGUCUAUCGCUCAUAUCGCAAAGGUCGCGGCUACAGCAAUCCCGUGGAGAUACGCGACUCACUUAAUGGCGCGCUGGAUAUACGCGCUGUCUCAAUCAAACGUCAACCCGAGGAGUGGAAUCAAUGCGCACAAGAAAAUGGCGGUUGCACGCACCUCUGUCUAUACCGCGGUGCGGACUAUGUGUGCGCGUGUCCCGAUCAACCCGAUGAUCGUGAAUGCAAAACGGCACCUAAAUUUGUAGUGCCACGUCCGAAUGGUGGUGACAAUUCGCCAGAUUAUGUGGAGGAGACCACGGAUGGCGAGAGUAGCUCAACGGAGCAUGAGGAUGACAACUAUAGCGCCAGCUCGAAAUCGAGUAAGCGUGAGACGCUCAUACUCAUCGCUAGCGGCGUGGUGAUCCUUAUGCUGAUCGUAAUCAUAGCAGCUAUACUAUUUCUCAUGUUCAAUUCGAAGCGUAAUAAGACGAAAAGGCACGCGCGUGGUUCCAGUCGCUCGGUAUUGACCUUCUCAAACCCCAAUUACAAUGUGGAUGGCACACCAAUGGAACCAAAGACAAACAUUUGGAAACGCUUUAAAUACGAUAAAUCACAUGAGCGCGUCUACGAAGAGCGCAGCAUGACCACCGAGACAGCCUCGUCGAGUCUCUUUGUGCCGACGCCAUCACCAAUGGCAUCGCCCUCAACCAAACUAACGACACUCUCAACAAUAACGUAAACCAAGGAGAACACUGAACUACACAACGCGUGUAAUGUGAAGCAUUCCACACAAAUAAAGAAAAACAAAAACAAAACCAAAUACAAAUAAAAGCGAAACGCUAAAAAGAGAAAACUGCGCGUAAAAAUUAACUACAAGUAAAGGCAGCAGUUUUUCCCAAUCAUACACUGGGAGAAACACAAUUCUAAAUAUAUACAUAUGUAAUAUGUAACGAAAGUAUGGAUAAAUGCAAGUAUAGUUGUUAGUGUAGCGGAUUUAGACACAUCUCUUAAUGAAUUUUAAUCAUGGUUUGAAUGUCAACAAAAUUUUUUGAUUUCACAUUUUCGAAAACUAAAAAAAAUACAACAACGUAUAUAUGUAUGUGUAUUUAGAGAAACUAUGUGUGUGUAAAUAUUAUAUUUAUUAAGGUAGAAAAGUCAAAGGAAUGCGGAAAGGGGUAAACAAAUGUAGUGAGCGUGACAGAGAGAGAGAGAGAGAGAGAGAGAGCGAUAUCUGUGAAGAGCGCGUGCGCCAAGCUAUGUAAAUGAACACGGUUGUUUCCAAACGAAAUGUAAUACUAUUACAUAUUUACAUAUGUGUGUGUGUGUAAAUGUCUGUAUGUUUAUUAGAAAGCAAUCGUUUUAGUUCGUAUGUGUAAUUGAGAGCAGAGCAUUAAUGUAAAAAUAAAUUAUGACUCCACUACACUGUACAAAAUAUUUAGUAAGAAUUAAAAUUUAAUUAAUUGUUUGUUUUUUUUUUUCAAAAAAAUUUUUGCUUUUCUUUUCGUAAAGUAUAUUUGUCAUGUUGCUGCAAAAGCAUAUUUAAACGAAAAACUGAACUGAAAUUUGCGAGGAAAUAAUUUUUCAAAAAAUAAGUACAAUGCCUUUCCUAUGCAUAGGUGUGUGUAAAGACCUGUAUGUAUGCACUUAUAUAUGUAUAUACAGCUGUCGUUGCAUACGCGCAUGCGCAUUUGCACGAACUUAAGCAUCCGAUUGACUUUAGCAAAAAGCAUUUUUAAAACAACAAUAAGUGAGCAGCGGCAAAACGCUGAAAGCCAAGCGCAAAGUAAACACACAAAGCUAACCGUUAAGCGAAAACGCAAAAGAAGAACCCAAAAUACAAAAGAUGAAGAAAAAAGCAAAAAACUAAAAACGAUUUUUUAUUAACUAAUAAAAAUUUUCCUAUUUGCAACACUGAACAAAACUAAAAAUCAGCGACAAACUACAAAAUGAAACAAGAAUGAAGGGAAGUUACCAAAUGGCAAGAAGAUAAGAUGAAGCAAAAUAAAAAUCUGUAAAUCUGCAUGUGUGUAGGUAAAAAUGUUUGCUAAUAAAGUACAGCUAAGCGAAAUGUGUCAUAACGUCUAACGGCAUUUAUAGAGACGGUCCUAAUUAAAUUUGUAAAUAGUGAAUAAUACCGUAACGUCUCAAACAAAAACAAUUGCAUACCGACAAAUACAUUUAAAUUAUUACAAAAAAACUGUAUUUGUCUGUAUGUAUGUGUGAAAAAUAAAUAGAAGUCAAAGUAGUAGUGUAAAAAUACUUUAGAAGUACCACAAAACAAAGUAAAAGGAAAUGUGAAAACAUGAAAAUUCGCCUAACUAAAUAAUUAAGAUUCCAAAAUAACAAAAGUUAAAAAAAAAAUAUAAAUAAUAUUAAUUUUAAUUUUAAUAAAUAAAACUUUAAGCAUGUAAAUGAAGAAAAGUUACUCGUUGUGCCGCAGCAGCAGCGAGUAAAACUGUGAAUUUGUGCCAAAAACAAUUGAAACAAAAACAAAAACUAAUUGUAUGCGUAUGUUAAAUAAGCUAAAAUUAAUUAUAAGCAAAAAAACAGUUAUU